AUAUAAGUGCUGACAACUUGGAUCGAAAACGUUUUCAAGCCUUAUGCUUGACUUCAAGAACUUACAUUCGUCUUCCAACGUUGAUUACAACCCUAAUAAUGUUUCCGGACAAAGGAAAAAGCAACAUUUUUAAUUAUUUUCAUGCAGGCUUUAAAAGUAAACAUGAAGAAAAUUUUAAAGUUGUUUUGAUAUUGUACAUUAGCUGCACACCUCAUGAGCCUCGUUGGACAUCUGCAUGAACAGUGUUGAAAUUGCGUUACCUGGGCCGAUAACCGUACUUUGAAGUAAUAUUCAUCACUUUGAAAAAGACCCUGUAGAGAACGGACUCACAUCAUGUAGUGACUGUCAAAUAAGCAAAAUCUGUAUCAUUAUUUCUGUAUGCCAACGGAAAACGAUACUGUACAAAAUACCGUUGAUGUAGUUAGUAAAACUGAGCGGUGGUCUCAAAUGCAGUGGAAAUAAAAACAAGAAAUGAGAAAAACACAACAAGAAGCUUUGCCAUAAAUAGUUAAUCAAUUUGUUGGGUUUUGAGGAUUUCUUCUUUUAUGGAAGUGUUAGCGGCUUGAUUUUUGACCUCCUUAUAUGUGAGUAUAACACAGAAUAAAUAUACUACAUGAUUCCAACUCGGUGCAUCUCCGUCUGCAGAAUAUGGUAUCUUUGGGCGAUAAUUCAACCUUGCGCAGUCAUUUUAGCUUUGCUUGGUUAUCCAAUCCAACGCUGAAAUUAUAUUUUGAAGGAGUUACCAUAUUCUGCCGACCAGCACGGAUAACUUUUGCCAGCUAUUUCGAAAACGUUUUUUACAACCAUGCUUUUAUUUUAUUUUUACAACAGAAUUAUGUUCUGACUUCAUUUAUGUUUGAAAUCUAUCAAAAGAUGAUAUUAUAUUUUUAUAUUAUACAUGCUUUAUCACUUAUCAUUUCAUAUCCUAUGACCUAUACCUACUUUAGCAUUCUGAUGUUGGCAGUCGUGUAGCCAGGGUGGUGAGAUUGAGAGGGGGCAGAAGCGAAUUGAGCAAUAGAAAACUGGGGGUCCACAACGUUUUGUACGCCAGAAAACGGCCUUUAAAAAAAUUGUCGCCGUUGAGGGAGGGGGGGUCCGCCCCCUCUUGCCUCCACCUCGCUACGCUACUGGAUAUUGAGGAAAAAGGGGUUUGUUUGAGUUUAGCUGAAAUCCACCAUCAAUCAUGCUCUUACCUGUAACAAUAUAUGUCGUGAAGUUUAGGUAUUGUAGAAACCCCCUCCCGUAUAAUUAGAAAAGAAUAGAGAUGCAAGUUCACAGGUCAGCCUCGUUGUAGGAUACAAUGAAUACACGUGAUAAGAGCCAACAAAGGUCAUAGGCCGAGGUUAGUAAGCCUUUUAAGGUAUUAAGGGAAACUUAAAUGGGCGCACUAUAUCUGCUAGCAGAUAUCUUAGUUAGUUACUGGGAAGCUAGUGUAAAGACGAGUGCUAAUGCCAAGAGAAAGGUCUAGUGUAAAAAUGGCAACUCUCUGGCGUAGGCCAGUUGAGGGUGGAAAGUAACUCGUAUGGAUUUGUCGCAACCAGUAACAUUAACCGGAUAGUCGCGAAAAGGGCUAUUAGAAAAUUGUAAAAUGUUAAAGGUAAAACUUCAUCUAGGGUGUCUUUAUUGUCUUUCCCCAGAGAUACGAUGAAGGAGAAAGAGCUUUACUACAAGAUACGACACCAUCUAACUAGCUUUAUAAGCUUUGAACGAUAAAAAACUUGUUUUCCCUCGUCAGAUUAGUCAGCCCCCUCAUAAAAUUAAUUUUUGUGACAACCCUGAUUCAAUUUGCAAAUUAAGAUCGCCCCCGUGUAGCGCAAGUGCCCCUCAUAAAGCCAUAGUCUUUUUGAAAGAAAAUUCACUGGGGGCAAGUAAAUAUUCAUUUAAACAGUGAAAAGUCUUUGGCGCUCGAGAGGCAGUUGUCUCACUAAACGAAGAAAAUACACCACCACCAUUCAUCAUUAUUACCAAUGAAUAACAAAACAGACUCCUUAACAAAGUGUGUUAUAGAAGCAAUAGUAAAAGCUCAUUACCUCAUAUCGUCGUGACAAAUUAGGGCCUGAAGAGAAAAAGUACAACAGCAAAUAUAUGGAUAUCUAUAUAGCUGACAGAUAAAAAAAAGAGUAUAACAAAGAAAUCGAAGCAACUAUUAGAGCUAAAAGCGAAUAUUUACUGUACAAGAGGUAGAGGAAUCUUUCUAAAGAUUUCCCUUGAAAAUUUAGCAAUAUAUGCAGUAAGGUUUUUCUGUUUUGUUUUGAUUAAAAAGGCAAAUUUAUAUUUAGUUGGGUAUCUUGAAAAAUUGUAUUCAGUCGUUUAUCUUAGUAGAAUAAAAUCCAAAUGACAUAAAUCAAGUUAAAUGAACUGCGAGUAGAAUUUAAGUGGCUUUGUAAUUACUGUAUAGAACUCUGCCAACAAAACAUCUUACUUCAUGAUUUAAGGAGCACCAAGAAUAAGUAUAGAUGCAUUUAAGUCUGCGAUUUUGUUACAAAUUGGUCAAAAUAUGGCGAAACAAGUGCAGACUAUUUUCUUAUAAAUCCACAGAAAUUUGGCCUUGGUUCUAAAGUUUAUGAACCAAGCCAAACACCUGUAACAAUAAAUAAGUUAGCAAACAGAAAACAUAGGUUGAAUUAAGACUUUUUAUUAGUCAUAUCUCAAUGUCUGAUAACUUUCAUACCAGAUUAGGGGUCUGGAGUACAUGCUUUGUCUGCUACGCUCUGAGUGAUUAAAUCAGCCCGCCUUUUAAAGUAGGCCUGAAAAUUUCGGAGAGACAUUUUUAAUGAAUAACCUCAUUUCUACUUGCUGCUUUGCAUUUCUUCUUACAUGAACUCAAUCGAGAAAUUUUAUAUGAGAAAUAUGCAGUCGCCAUCAGGAUCGAUAGAAUAUGGGGCGUGCGGAGUAAGAAAACUCCCCUUUUAAGACACUAUUUCUCGUCAGUCAACCGUUCCGAGCAUAGUCAUGGUUCAGAGUUACCAAUAGCUCUGCAGCUCGUUUAUAAUUGGAAAACAUUGAGAAUUAGCCGAUUGGAUGCGAAACAAUAAGUGUAUUUUAAAGCGAAGAGUGUUUUGCUAAUUAGGGAAGCAUCGUCCGCGACUAAUCAAACUUGUCAUUAAAGGUUCUUACACAACCAGCAUGCUUUGUGACUUUAUUUUCAAAACCGGCGAAAUAACGUACUGAAUUAAAUUACAAAAUACAGCCUAUUUCAUCUCGUGAAAAAAACAGGUAGCGCAAAGCAUGCCCGUACCUCAAGAACCUUUAAACAAAGGAUUGUGCACGAUAGCUAGAUACUGUCUUUAUCACUUUCGUUUUAUUGGUGUCACCACUAGACAAACAGUACAGUAGGAUUGAGUAUUAAUUCCUAACUUGACGUCUUUCAACCUUCUCGAAAUGUAAUAAGACAGAUGCAACAGCAACAACAUAUUCACAUAUAACGUAGCACAGGGUGGUUAGCCAGCGUCACAGAUCUUCCUAUGAUCUAAGUGAUCUGUGAUGCAGGCUAAGAAUAGUUUGCAUGGUGCACAAGUUCAGCUGGAAGCACGAAUGACGUAUUCGUCUUUACUGAGGCUUAUCAUGAAAAGAAUGAGUCUUCGGAAAUUGUACAUUCGUUGGCAGAUAACAGCAACAGGUCACCUUGUGUUUCGUAUCCUCAUAAAAAGCCGUCCAUAAAACGAAGGUCCAGUUGAGACAAAGCAUGCUACUGGUCCCAUCACUAAAGAAGGAACUACAAAAUUGAACAAGUAAAAGCAAUGAAUGAAACACACAUUUGGGCGACCAGCGACCCAAUGUACACAGGAACAUCAUAUGUUCUAGAAAUACUUAACAGCACAAGCAAUGCAACCCUCAGUACGGACCCUCGCGCUGGCAGGGUGUCUCUCACACAGACUAUCUCUAUGACAGCAGCUAUGGUGAUUCUUAUGAUCAUUACUAUGUUUGGAAACGGUUUGGUUCUUGGAAUCUUCUACCAGUACACGCCACUACGGACAGUUACAAAUUAUUUUAUCGUUUCCCUUGCAAAUGCUGAUCUUCUCGUUGCUGUGCUCUCAAUACCAAUUUGGAUUGCUUACCUGCAAGUUGAUUUGGCUCAGUUCCAAUACGGCGAAGGGAUUUAUCGGUUGUGGAUUUGCAUCGACAUUACAUCAGGUGUUGCUUCUGUCCUCAAUUUGUCCUUUGUCAGCGUCGACCGAUACAUUCACAUCGUCAUGCCAUUGCACUACUAUGGAAUCAUGACAUCGUCAAGAGCAAAAGUUAUCAUUUUCUGCAUAUGGCUAUACGCUAUUGGCUUGGCAAUGAUAAAAGGAAUAGCUUUCAACUGGGAGAAGCCAAAUUACGAGAUUCUCGUCUUCAUUCUUGGUUUCAUCCUGCCACUACUAGUGAUGGGAUGGUGCUACUACAAGAUUUUUGGUGAAGCAAGAAUCCACGAAAAGGCAUUGAGCAACAUGGAUACCGCACGCAGUAGAGAUCGUAACAAGCAAUUCAAGGCUGCAAAAACCAUUGCUGCUGUUAUUUUGGCUUUUUUCAUCUGUUGGUGUCCGUUCUUUGCCCUUAACCUGAUCUACGGUCUCUGCCCAAAUUGGAAAAUACCUAGAGUUUUGAUCACUGUUUCGAAGUGGCUGCACUACACCAAUUCAGCGCUCAAUCCCAUUAUCUAUGCUUGCUUUAAUCAAGAAUAUCGCUCAGCAUUUAGAGCACUUCUCACAAGAAAAUUCUACCAAAAUGGCAAUUUCCACACUGCUGAGAAGUUUUCCAUGCCAAGAAAAGGAACAAAGCGAGAGGAGGAAUCUACCAAUGGCCUUCUUGAUAAGUUGCAGGAAAGCAAAACAAAAUUUAAACUUUGUGAGAAUUUAUGUGAGUCUUCUCUUUAAUAUUCCAAUAGCUAGUGACUAACAAUUAUGGCAAAACAAUGGGGAUAUAAAAUGUGUAUUUGGUGAAGGGUUAACGUAGUUGUGGUAAGCUCAAGUUGCUUUCAUUUAUUAAUCUGUUAGGCUUGGUAUAAGGUUGGAUAGCACUAAACACAAUUCUAUGUAACAAGCCUGGCAAGUUUUUGUUAAUAUGGGGUUUAGCAGGAAAAUAUGGCAUAGGAGAAAGAAAAUUGUGUUAGACUGACAGGGGAUCAGCAAAAUCUGAUCUGAAAGAUAAGGCAUUAAAGGAAAUUCCAAGGGAGACUUUCAAAGGGGGACUCUAGGGUUGUCAAAAUAGGGACAAGAUUUCAAACAAUUCUUAAGCAACUGGAUAUUUUGUAAACAAUUGUCCCAAAACUUUUGGGGAGUCUUCAUUUUUGAAAAACCAAUAUUCAAUGAAGCUCACUUUGCAUCUGAAGCAAAAUGGCUUAGAGAACCACAAGCAAACAUUUCACAAUAAGAAUGGAAAAUUUAUUAAGAAGCAAAUCAAAUCAGCAUCAUCACAGUUAAAGUUGGUCCAAUAUUCACUUCAACAUUUUUGCUCAGAUAUUUUAUUGACUGUGAUAAUUUCUUCAAUGUCCAUUAUCGCAUGGAUGCCAUUUACUGUUAACCACACACAAAUCUAGGCCAAGUCUGUGUCUCAUUGCAAAAUUAUAAAGGACCCCUACUAGCAUUCCAAUAUUUAUAUUAUGGAGGGAGCAGCUUUCAAAUUACAGUGACAUUGUUGACCAAUUGCUCAAUGUGAAUUGGUUGACUUGGAGGUUUCCAUGAAUUCAAAAAUUGAUUUUUUUUAUUUGACUAGAAUCCCUAUGUCCCUUCUCCCAGUUAAGAAAUCAGAAUUCACCAUCAGGGAAUAUUUCCAUGAGAUUAAAACUUGACCCACAUGACACAAUGGGGUCAAACAGCUUUGUUUAUCAUUCCAACCUGAACAAGUUUGCUAUGUUGGGUUUUUUUCAGAGGCCGAUUCAAACUGGGUUCCUUUCUGCCGGGUAACCUGUCAGUUUUCAAAUAAAAAUUUAGCAGUAGUUUUAAAUAAAACAGUGAGAUUUAAACCAAAAAGUAAAAAAAAAUUAAUUAGUCUCUUUAAAAUCAUAAAGAAAAGGGUUUGUGCCUGUUCCUACUUUUUUCUCCACAUUAUCAUAAUUAAGACCUUCCAAGUUGAGAAAUUAUUUCUUUGGUCCUGUAGUGGGCAACAGACUUAACUCAGACAACUUACUCAGGUUAAAAGCCAAUCCUAGAACUUAGAAAUAAAAGCCUUGUACCUUGGAAGAGAUCUACAAGCUAGCUAACCCUCUUUACUGACACUUUUGCAAAUGGUGUUGGCUGUUUGCUUUAUUAUGUUAAAAGCUGGUGUCAAUUGUGUAAAUAAUUAGCUGGGAUUAGGUUCCUUGUCUUCUAAGCUUUAAUAAGGAUAGACGGGUAAGAAAAAAAUUUGUGUAAUUACAGAAAUAUGAAGAUGACUAAAGUGUAUUUACAAUAUUAUGUCAAUAAUAUCCAGGACUGGAUUAAGCAAGCUGAAUUUUCUGCAUAUUGGGACCUUGAUACCAAAGGCCCCAAAGAUAAAGUUUUUUAAAAACUGACAAUGAUGAAAAUGUCCUAUUAAGAUAAAUGACACAGCUCAAGAUAAGGAGGAGAGAACUGUUUAGUUUCAAAGGCUGAUAAGAAAGUUUAAACAAUUAUACCAAACUUAUGCAUAGGUUGAAUGACAGUCAUAUUGACUUUGAAUAAUCUUUUCACUUUUAAUGCAAGCCCCUGAACCCUGAACAUGAACCCUGAAGUGCAUCUUCAGUCAGUGAUCUUGUGCAAGCUUAGUCCAGCUCUGGUAGUAGUGAACAUGUAAGGGGAAAUUGUGAAGGGAGUAUGUAAUUUAAUAGAGACAUAGAUAAAUAAAAUCUAGGCUGGAAAGUUUAAUAUCUAUUUGACCAAUCCUUGCAUGAUUUUGGCAUUAUGCCAAUGCCAAAAAGAGCAGAAUACAUGACCAGUGGCGUAGCUUUAACUUUCAGACAUAGUGAUUAAACAAAUUUUUGGUGUAAUUUUACUGAAACAUUUUACACAUAGGAGGUCCAUCCACCAUUAUCAAAAGGGACCUAAAGGUAUCAAAAACAGGUCUAACGGACCCAAAAUUAUCAGCUCUAAAGUGCUGAUGGGGUCCAAAAAUAUCAAAAUAAAAAAUCUUGUUGUUGAGCACAUAGUCAUAGAAAUUUGGACUGUUCUCUAUAAUACUCAGUUGAAACACACCUGUUAUGUGUUAGUUGAACCCAUAAGUAAGUAUCAGAAAGAUAUCUUUUUAAAUCAGGCACCCAGAAAUAUCAGAUCACGAGGAAAAAUUUUACCCACAAUUAUCAGAUGGGCCCCCUCUGUAUAAAAAAGUUCAAAUGAACCCCUUGGGUAUUUCACCUACCGACAGACUAAUUUACCAACAUCAAACUAAGGAUUUCGUGGAACAACUGAAGAUUUACCUACUAACUCGUGAAAAACCUUGGGGGUACCACAACCCCUACAACAAACCAGACCCCUUCUAGCUACGCCCCUGGUGCAGGGCCCACGCCAUCGGGGAAGCCGAGGGGGCCAUUGCCACCCAGCUUUUUGCGAAGCAAGUAGUUUUAUAGCUACAGUAAAAGAAGAGAAAGCCUUGGCCCCCAACUUUUGGUGCCUUGUCUCCCCCCACUUUAGAAUUCGUGGCGUAGGCCCUGUUGUGCAUGGAGCCAGGUGGUUUUUCCAGCUUCAAACUUUCCGACCUAGACUGUUAUUACUUAGUAUUACCUAAAUUCCUUAUAUACCUAUAAAAUAUCAUGGACAUUAUCAAUUGGUUUUCGGUACAAACGUGGAAUUUUCUUGUUUUACAUUCUCUACAUAAUAUGCAUAAUACAACGCACGUUUUCAAAACUUGAUAAAACAGCUAACACAAAAGGGCAAAAGUACAUGGAAAACAGUAAGU